ACGGGCGGACCCGGAAGUCCGGCGGACAGUUUUGGAGAGAAGCUGCGGAUUGAAAACAACAAGAUGCAGCUUCACUUCAGCAAAGACGUUUUGCCGGAUUCUGUCAGCAGCGACUUCCAGAACCUGAACAAGCUGAACGAGCAGCAAAGAGCUCUGAAGAAGAACCUGACGGCCGAGCAGAUCAGAGAAGACCUGCUGACUUUAGGACUCGGAGACGACAAGGCGGCUCACUUCUCACAGCAGUGGGCCGAGCACCAGGCCGCUCUGUGCCGACUGGCUCUGGGACAGACGCUGACGGUCAACCAGCUGGUGGACAUGGAGUGGAAGUUUGGAGUGACGGUUGGAACCAGCGAAAUCCAGAAAGUGGGAAACAUCUUCCUGCAGCUGAAGCUGGUGGUCAGAAAGGGGAACUCCACGGAGAACGUCUACAUGGAACUGACGCUGCCUCAGUUUUAUAACUUCCUGCACGAGAUGGAGCGAGCCAAGGCCAGCAUGGAGUGUUUCAGCUGAGUGUGUGUGUUCACGUUUUAAGUGUAUAUAAAUCAUUUUUCUGACUGUGUGUGUGUGUGUGUGUGUGUGGCCGCCGAGUGACUGAAGCUAGACACAAAGGAGCUAAUUUUGUAAUUCCCCUCCAGACGUUCACACUGAAAUCCGCCAACAGACACAAAUAAAAAGAAAAAAGUCGA